AUGACUCCCUUGCAGCGCUUGUCUGCCAUGCGGACGCGGGCUUUCCGACGAUCUGAAGGACCCCAAACACCCGAACCGACUUCGUCUCAACAAGAUAUCGACUUGCCCCCUUCACCACCUAGACAACGUUUCCGACUCAAGAGGCGAGCUGCAUCACGCACCCCUGCGGCGCCCACGGAACAAUUUUUGGCGUCUGUCGACGCCGCCGAUGUUCCCAUCCCUAGUAUUGAGGAGCCUUUCGUGGUCGAUGAGGAUAUGCUGGACACGACCAACCAGGGAGCCUUUGCUACACUGUCUGAGGCGCAUUCAAUGGAGCUUCCACAUAGUGGCGCUCAUCAGCGGAUGUUCUCUCCACCGAAAACACCUGCGCCAGGCGAACUGAACCUGUCGAUUGCGACCACCAACCAAUUCCCUGACUGGUCUAACGACUCAACUUUUAGCGACUCGGAGUGUGAGUCGAGUCGGCCAUCAACGGCCCGCUCAAAUCGCACGAGCGCGUCCUAUUUCAGCCAGUCCUCUUUCGCAUCGGAUGACGCAAGCUUGAUAAGUCCAGAUCAGCAGUUCAGCUGUCGAUUUGAUAAGUUCUUAUCGCCCGACGAUGCGGACAGGACGAUCAAGCCUUCCGCGCCUGUGCGUGCGGCGAAAUCGCGCAAAGCCCCAUGGACCAGGGCCAUGGAUAACCACAUUUGGACAACUUACACAAUGUACCUGCAGGAUCCCAAGGUUACCCCGGUGCGCAUUGGCGCCAGUGGUGUCCCGCCGUGUGGUGUUGUGGCUCGCGUCGCAAGGGAAGCUAGCCGCAGCUGGAGAGGCUCCAACGCCCUGAAGCAAUCCAAGGACUGCAGUGGGAGUACAACACCGACGGCAGGAAGUAAGUGCACCUACAUAAAAUGGCCCCACACGAACGCUGCUACAAGGGCCCAUUUGGUGGAGAUGUGCAAGGCCAAUGCUGGAGGCAAGGGCCGCAAUGAGCGUUACUUUGCAAGCAGCCCCACGCCGUUCGGCAAGACUAUGAGUCGCGCACGAGCUCGACGCACGACUCCAGCACGUGCGCCUUCUAUUUUCUCUGGAGGAGACAUGGCCAUGUCCCUCGCUGUCAGCACCUCCGACUCCAUGCAGCUCGGGGGACCCCUAGCACAGCUCACUACCGCUGGCCAGCAGGAGGAAGCCCAAGAACUACCACCCUUGCCGCAGGGCCAGACCUCUCUCCUUCCGCCUUACCUCGACGAGCCUAGACCUCGUCUGGGGUCGCCUUUUGUAGCCAAAAGCUAUGGACCCAGUACCUCAAGCUCUUUUGCGGAGAUGCUGGGCUCCGAGACCCCGCGUCAAAGCAACUCCAUGGGCGCGCGUCGAGGCCUCAAGUCUCCAGUCAGAGUGAACAGGAGCCGGUCCAACACGCAAAAGCGCCGUGCAGAUCUCGAGGCGCGCAGGUCGAAGAGGCCCAGCCUGCCCUCAGAUAUGUGGAGUGAGCCGGGGGCAAGCCCCAUUGCGCCGAGCUCCGACUUUGACAACAUGCCCUCGAUUUUUGCCAACAUGCAGCAACCCGUCGAGACUGCGGCUCGCAUCCCUUCUCGCGCGUUCCUGCAUUCGUUGGACAAUGCCCCCCCAAGAUUGGGUUCGCCUUUUGGCGGUCUCCCUUCAAGCUUCUCCUUCCCCGCCAGGGGCAGCAGUGUCCUUGCCCACCUCGCCGCCGCGGCGCCCGGCGCCGCAUCCAACUCGAUGCGACCCUUUUCGAGCAUGCAGCAGUGGCGCGAGACGCCUCGCACCCGAACGCCCUUGCCCGACCGCCUGGCCUACAUAGACGAGCGUCUCAAGCAGAUUCGCCAACGCAGCGAGGAGCGUCGGCGCUCUGAGUCACCUCUCUGA